AUGAAGUACCAGUCUAUUGUCUCUCUGGGUCUUGCUGCUCUCGGCACGGCCAGCCCUGUCUUCCACCACAAGGACAACGGCCAGUGUCCUCCCGGCUACUCGCCCAGUGUCUACUACAUCACCGUCACCGCGGAGGUCGCUCCUACGUCGACUUCGUCCGUUGAGUUGACCACGGCGGUCUCUUCUUCGACCACCUCGACCACCUCGACCACCUUGGCCUCGGAGACGACGGUCAGCACCACGCAGACCCCCAUCCAGCCGACCUACCAGACCUUGGUGGAAAUGCCUGCCCCUGUCGCCACGGAGGCCCCUGCUACGUCCGAGGCCGAGGCCGCUCCCGUUGAGACCACUGCCGCUGCAGAGCCCUCCACUACAUCCAGCUCUAUUCAGCAGCAGCCGACGGUUGUUGUUGUCUCAUCUGAGUCCUCUGCUGCUGCCCCUGCCCCUUCCACCACCGAGACUGAGGCUCCAGUGGUUGCUGGCCCUACCACAACCCAGGCCGCUAAGCCUGCCGUUACCACUGCCGCUUCUUCCUCUUCUUCUAACUCCAACUCGAACUCCAAUGCUGGCUCUAGCUCCUCUUCCUCGUCCUCCUCCGGCACCUCUGGUGCCACCAACUCUGGCAAAGCCACCUUCUACGGCGGCAACGUGUCCGGCGGUGCGUGCUCCUUCAGCGGAUACACCAUCCCCAGCAGCCUCUUCGGCACGGCCCUCUCGCAAGCCCGCUGGAAUGACGCCGCCUCCUGCGGCGCCUGCGUGUCGGUCAAGGGACCUGACGGAAACAGCGUCAAGGCCAUGAUCGUCGACAAAUGCCCCGAAUGUGAAUCCAACCACCUCGACCUCUUCGAGACCGCCUUCUCCGAGCUCGCCGCCACCUCGGAAGGCAUCAUCCCCAUCUCCUGGUCCUUCGUGCCCUGCGGCAUCGACUCCCCCAUCACCCUGAAGAACAAGGAAGGCACCUCCGCCUACUGGUUCUCCAUGCAGGUCGUGAACGCGAACGAGCCCGUCGAGAAACUGGAGGUCAGCACCGACGGCGGCAGCACCUGGCAGGCGACCACCCGCAGCGACUACAACUUCUUUGAGAACGAGAGCGGCUUUGGUACCGAGAGUGUUGAUGUCAAGGUCACGGCGAAGUCUGGCGGUGUGGUCACGGUUAAGAAUGUGGGUUGCCAGUCGGGAGUUGAGAAGGAGGCGACGAGUAACUUUUAA